AUGGUGUUUACCUUCUUUGAACAACGUCUGAUCUCGCUGUGUUUCGUAGCCUUUGGAUUCUAUAACAAUUGGAGAAACUUCGUGCCUAACUCCCGGGAGCUCUACACCUGGCUGGCGUUGGUCAUUAUCCUUGCCUGUUUCCCCCUUCUGCCGCUGUCAGAGGGUUACCAAAAUUUGUAUCUUUUUCUUUCUGUCAUUGUGCUAGUAUUUCUAAGAGCAUUUUGGUCCAAGAAGCGGCGCUUCAGUUACAGUUAUCACACCAAGUACUGUAAUGCCCUGAUCCUGUUGAACACCAUCAUCUGUGCGUAUUUUGAUUCAGAGGAAUACGACGUACCCAUCUUGCUAUACCUAGCCAGCUGGUCUUUCUUGAUCUAUGCCUUUGUCUCAAUUCUAACGAACAAGGAGUCGAAUCUGGAGCAGAGUCUGGACCAGAUCUGCUUUAAUCUGGGAUCGCUCCAUGCUCUGCUUUCCACCUCAUACGAAUCCGUCUUCGUGCAGCUGCUCACCAUGGAACUUAGCCUAUCGCUCGCCGCUACGAACUCGGUCAAAUCAGUUCCACGUGUGGCCUUCAGUAUUCUCCUGUAUACAUUAUUCUCAUUCUUUGGCAUGGAAUCUUUUGAAUCGGUCGACAAUCUGUUUGAUUCCAACAGUGGGCGCUGCUUCCUCUGGCAGUAUACGCCGUAUAUCACCAUUGGUCUUGUUCUGUUGAAGCACUCCCUGCCGGUGCUGCUAAACAUGUCCAUUCUCUAUACGCACUACGAGUAUGCCCGUCAGAGGGAGAAGAGAAUCUUCAUCUGCAUAUUGUUCAUUUGCAACAUAAUGGGACUGAACUUCCUGUUCCUGGUGCGCAGUCGGGGAUCCUGGAAAGAUAUGGGGGCUUCAAUAAUUAAUUUCUACAUCAUGGGGUUAAUUACGCUGAUUAUUCUUCUGCUGUCCUGGGUCGCACAGCUGCUGCUGGGCCUGAUUGCAAUCGUCUACCGGCACGUCUGA